CGCGCGUUGUUUACAACCUUAUAACAAGAGACGGUUUACGCGUUGGAUCUACAUGUAUCUUACUGAGGAUUCCGGAGACAGUUAAUACAUUAAGAGUGUCGUCCUACAAGAGUUUCCAAUCAAAAUGACAGGGCAGCUCAGAGAUUCAGAUAAGACACAACUGGAACAGUGGAUUGGUCAAGGACACAAACAAUUUACCCUUCUGUACAAUGCAACAUCUGGUGGUUGUUCAUCACUGAAGUUCCACGAGAAAUGUGACCACCAGGGCGCCACAGUAACCGUGGUGUACAAUGAGGUGGGAUCCGUUUUCGGCGGCUACACUUCGGCCAGCUGGGCUGGCCUUGUAAACGGUUGUACAAGAGACGACAAAGCCUUCUUGUUCCAGCUGAAGGUCUUAGAUAAGGAUACAUUUCGUAAAUUCCCAGUCUCAAAUGUAGAGUACAGCAUAUGUUCUCUUGCAAAUAAUGGGCCCAUUUUCGGUAGUAAUACCGGAAAAGAUAUGAACUUAUUCUCUGGCACCAUCACAAACAGCGGUCGGUUAUUUCAAUUGAAUGGUGGGUUUGCGUUUGGUAACAACUACACCAUGUCUGGAGUAUCAAGUUGGAACGAUAUUCAUAACGGGAACUUGAAAAUCAAAGAACUUGAAGUGUACAGUGUAGCAGCUAAACCUCCCGAGGAAACAAAUCAGGAAUGGCGGAAAGUACCUGAAUGGAGUGAAAAGUUGGUGAAAGAUCUCAUGCAAGAAGUUCAGUCGAUCAAACCUAGGAACGGUUUGAUCCAAGAUUAUCGCACCGUCCUGAUUGGUCCAGUCGGGUCCGGAAAAUCCAGCUUCUGCAACACGGUCGAUUCUGUAUUUAAGGGCAGAAUUACAUAUAGGGCUGUUUGUGGGGAAGGAAGACACAGCGUCACCAAAUCGUAUCAACCAUACGCAUUCAAAUCAACACGAGACAAAGGCCCUCAUGUGCGAAUAUUUGACACGAGGGGGCUGGAACUCGAUUUUGGAAUUGACACCACGGAGUUCACUUUUUUGUUGGAUGGUCAUAUUCCAGAAAAAUACCAGUUUCAAGCUGAGAAACCCAUUUCCGUUGAUGAUUCGGCGUUUGUUACGAAGCCACAAUUUAGCAACAAGGUUCAUUGUGUUGUCUUUGUUCUGGAUGUAUCUACGCUUUCAACGCUUGACCCCGAAAUGAUGGCAAAAAUCAAAAGUUUCCGGACUUUAUCAAUACGGAAAGGGAUACCUCAAGCGGUUAUCUUGACGAAAAUCGACCUCUUUGACAAAGCUGUCGCCCUGAACUUAGAGACGGUAUACUCGAGCUCUGUUAUUGCUAACACAGUGCAAACAGUCUGCGAUAUGUUCGGCUUUCCAAAGCAACAUGUAUUUCCUGUUAAGAACUACGGAGAUGAGUUGACGAUGGAUGACAGGGUGAACUUCCUGGCACUAUUUGCUUUGAGACAGAUCAUGUACUUGUCUGUGGAUCAUAUUGAAAAUCAAAGCACCGACAGCACUGAUUGUCCCAAUGAAGAAGAUGGACACGAUUUAGAAGCAGCUUCAGAGUCCAUUUAAUAAGAAAGAUAAGGGAGGAUUUCUUUUAAACAGACAUUAAUGUUUUUCGCAUGACUUGUUUAUAACUUGGAUAUUCAAUUUGAUUGAUGAUUAUAUAAUGUUUCAUAGCGCAUUCGAACUAGAAUUAUGACUGUUAAUAUUCAGACUCAAGUAUAAUGUCUUUUUGCGUUGAUAAACUGGUUUUUGAUUGUUGCUGUUUAAAUGGGAUUUAUAUUAAUAUAUUAAUUCGUUCAUUGAUGUUUUGUUUCGCCUUUCUUAAGAUCUAUGGUAUAAACUAGUAACUGUUUUUUUCUAUAAAGAAUAUGUUCUACUUGCAACGGGUUAUUACCUUAUUAUUGUAUUUAUCUUUUCAUUUGAUUUUUUGUUACAUAUGGUGGCCGUUUGUUUAAUUGCAUGUUAUUAUAUAUUAUAGUUAUACGAUUAUCGAUUAUAUUAGACUUGUUACAUUAAUGCCAUAUUAACACUAACAUUUUAAAUAUCAGUGGUUUAUUACGUGCUUCUAAAAUACAACACACUUAUCUUGCUCUGAGGAAUAUUAAACCAGUUAAUGAUUGGAUUCGAUAUUAAACACAAGAGUAGCUUUAUUGUAACUAAAUUAAAUUUAAUUCAUCCCCUGUUUGAUUGCUAUUUAUUUAUUGUUUUAAUGUUUGAUGUUGUUUAUUUUAGGAUAUUCAUUAUAUCAAAAGACUGUUUGGAUACAAGAAUUACACUCUCUAUAAAGAUUCUUCAGCAAUAUCAAAAAUACAUUUAUAAGUGCAUUUUUUCGUGUUUUUUUGUGAGUUAAAAAGGAUUUUAAUUAACAACUAUGCCAGUGCCAUGCUUCUCUAAAGAAUGUAAAACCAUCUGUGGAUAAAAUAAAGUUUAAAAGCGAUGCUAACUAUUGGAUUGUAAAGCUACAGCCAGUAAAAUGUUAAUUUAUUUUUACUAUUCAGAGAACUUUAGGUAAAAAAUAUUACACUGAUGUAAAGGCUUACCAUAACAAUUGCAGUAAAAAUCAAUCCUGUUAGUGCAUCCGUUAUAAGUAAGCUUCGGCAGUUUGUUGUCGGUUGAAAAAACAAAUGGGAAAUUUAUUAUUUAUUGUAUUAUAGAACAAAUCUUACAAAACCUGAGUGUAUCAGAGCCGGCAUGCUGAAGUUAAAUCAACGCGUUUAUGGAUUGUGUUGACUUUUACGCUGUGUUUUGCUUAGAAUUGCCAAGGACUAUUGAGGGUACCGCAAACAUCACAAAUAGAUAUCAUGUUACUACGACAUGUUCGAAUCAGUAUCUGUAAUAAUUGUUUGUAAUAGGUAGUAACAAUAAAAUGUACUGAUUUGUUUUGCAAACAAAACCUAAAUUAUUUAAAACAUAGAAGUGAUAUAAUAAAUAGAAUAUCAGGUUA